AAAAAGUUGCAGUGGAUGGUUUUCAAAACAAAACGGAACGCCUGCCAAGUCUCAAAAAGUGUGAAAUCGACGCCGAAACCUGCACAGGUCUUUCAGGGACCUUCGUUAACGAAUCCCCCUUCUUGGUGUAUUCUGUUAAAGAGGGAGCUUUUCGUCAAAACUUUUUCUUCGAACCACAGAAACUCGCUCUGAGAGCAGUCAGACUUAUUUAUUUUCUUUAUUUUUCAAGGACAAGGUUGGCAUUUUUUUAAGGGUUUAGACAAUUCCAUGACUGUACCAAGUUUGCAAGACCUUUGUGUGAAGGUCGCUCAACGAUAUGUACAGGAUAUCGAGGACCUUGGUGACCACCCAUUCUCGCUGGUCGAGCCUAUUUUAGCGUGUGCUCGCCCAGACCACUUGAUACGAUUGGAACAAAACUCUCCACAUUUACGAGACGACACACAGGGUCUAUGGAAGGUCCACGUCUAUCGAGAAUUCGGACUAGACAUUACAGACCAAGACACUUCAAACAUUCAAGACUGGAGACGAGCUUAUGAAGAUUUUAAGAAACGGCGGAAUGCUCAGUACAACUUGGCAUCGAAGAAACUUCGUAGUGCUUACACAAAACUCGAGCAAAACAAACAACACAAACGUAUUGUUUCUUUAGAAUUUGAUCCGAAAUCUAUUCAACAGCGGAAACGUGGUCGCACUGUUCUUCCAACUUACACGCCGACUAGCAGUUUAAUGAAUCGCGCCAAAUGUGAUUUUAUGAAAAAGGCGAGCAUGUACCGGCAGGGCAAACCAAACAAACCACUCUCGUCCACAUUCCGAUUUCCGAGUUCACGUCCAACCGGCACCACUUGUCCUGUUCCAGCGACUCCACAAGCAUCUGUCAUUCGGCCUCCUGUUUCUAAACUUCGUCCUGAAAAGCAAAACGUGUUGCCCAAACGGCAGUCUUCCCCUCCUCGGCCAGUCCUGCCUCGUCAUAAUCCAACUUCAGCUCCUCGGAUACCGUAGUUGUUGGGAAAAACCGUUGUGUACUUGGAUGCCCUUCUCGCUUUUCACGAUCCUUCCCCCUUUGGCGUGUUCUUUCACGUCUGUUAACUUCAUUCUCGUCAACCGUAAUCCACCUUGUCAUCAUUCUCCGUUAUUUUCUCCUUCUUGUUAAUAAAAGAUUUUUCUCUGUUCUAAGUAAAGCUUUAUAUGCGUAG